AUGUACCCAGUGGGGGUGUGCUUUGGCCUUCUUGACUCAGUAGGUCGAGCUGCCCUUGAUCAACAUGCAGACUGCACAGCAGUGAAGGGUUCCCUCUACUGCAGCUGCCAACCUGGCUUUACAGGCAACGGCAAUGACUCUCUUUGUGAAGAUAUUGAUGAGUGCCUUUCAUUUCAUGAUGAUAGUCCCUGCACCAAUGGCUUGUGCAACAACACUGUGGGAUCCUUUCAGUGUGUGUGUGAUCAAGGCUUCCAGAGCAAUGGCACCUCUUGCACGGAUAUUGAUGAGUGUAUAUUGGGCCUAAUAAACUGCGGCAACCACUCGAUCUGUGUUAACACUGCUGGCUCCUAUGAGUGCUCAUGUCACCCAGGAUUCACUGCCAAUGGGACAGUCUGUAUGGACACGAAUGAAUGCCAAGUACAAGAGACCAUGUGUCAUAGUGAUGCAUUCUGUACCAACACACUGGGAUCCUUCCUCUGUCAGUGCAGAGAUGGCUAUCAAGGUGAUGGGUACGCCUGCUCAGAUGUCGAUGAGUGUCAGGUGGAUGGCAUCUGCCCUUCUGAUUUCCAGUGUUCCAAUACAAAUGGCUCCUAUCACUGCUCCUGCCUACCUGGAUUCAGAUGUGAUGGGCAUUCAUGUCAAGAUGUUAAUGAGUGCAUUAAUCAGACUGGACCAUGCCACCUAGCGGCCACAUGCACCAACCUACCAGGAUCCUACAGCUGUGAAUGUUUAGUGGGCUACUCUGAGGAUGGACAUUCUUGCAGAGAUGUAGACGAGUAUUCAACACGAGAAAGUCUCUGUCACAAGCAAGCCACAUGCAGAAACAGCCUUGGCUCUUAUCACUGUAUCUGCAAAGCUGGCUUUGGGGCCAGUGGGGCAAGCUGCAUUGAUAUCGAUGAAUGCCAGCAAGAGAGAGGACGCUGUCAUGGGCAGGCAGCUUGUGUGAACACUGUGGGCAGCUACUAUUGUGUGUGUGCUCCGGGCUUCACUGGCAAUGGAAGGUCCUGCUUUGACAUCAACGAAUGUGAGGAACGGCAGCCCUGUCCACCAGGAAGCAACUGCAUCAACUUGGGGGGCUCCUACACCUGCACGUGUGCAGCCAGCGCCCCCUGUGGCCUGCCCUUGGUACACGAAAGUCGCCUUUACCCUUAUGGAGAUAAUGUGGGUGACAGGACAGUCCAGCCAACAGGCCUUGAUGUAAAUUCUCCCUUCAUUGAUGCUCCAAUGGGAAUCCCAUUCCUCGGAUCAGUGUGGGACAGGGUAUAU